AGCCGCUGCUCCGCGGGCCGGAAGUGGAGGCGGUUGGUGGGGUUGCCGGGGCUCAGGGACACGGCGCGGGCGGCGGUUUGCGGGCCGUGGGUGGACCGAGUGUAGGGCCGGCGUCCGGCUGUCCGGCCUUGGCGCGGCUCUGUUGGUGUAGCCCGUGUGCGGCGGCGGCGAAGCGGACCCGGCGCCGACUGGGCGCCUGCGGCUGGGCCCAUGGCCUCCUCCUGCUCGAGCAUCGACAUCGAGGACGCCACGCAGCACCUGCGGGACAUCCUCAAGCUGGACCGGCCCGCGGGGGGCCCCAGUGCAGAGAGCCAGCGGCCAUCUAACACCUACAAUGGGGACCUCAAUGGGCUCCUGGUCCCAGACCCUCUCUGCUCAGGUGAUGGUACCUCAACAAACAAGCCUGGUCUCCGCGCCAUGCCACCUAUUAACCUGCAGGAGAAGCAGGUCAUCUGCCUCUCAGGAGAUGACAGUUCCACGUGCAUUGGAAUUAUGGCCAAGGAGGUGGAGAUUGUGGCCAGUAGUGACUCUAGCAUCUCAAGCAAGGCACGGGGGAGCAAUAAGGUGAAAAUCCAGCCCGUUGCCAAGUAUGACUGGGAGCAGAAAUAUUACUAUGGCAACCUGAUUGCUGUGUCCAACUCCUUCUUGGCCUAUGCUAUUCGGGCCGCCAACAAUGGCUCAGCGAUGGUGCGGGUGAUCAGUGUCAGCACGUCAGAGCGGACCCUGCUCAAGGGCUUCACAGGCAGCGUGGCUGAUCUGGCCUUUGCACACCUCAACUCCCCACAGCUGGCCUGCCUAGAUGAGGCGGGCAACCUGUUCGUGUGGCGCUUGGCUCUGGUUAAUAGCAAAAUUCAAGAAGAGAUCUUGGUUCAUAUCCGGCAGCCAGAGGGCACUCCGCUGAACCACUUCCGCAGGAUCAUCUGGUGCCCCUUCAUCCCUGAGGAGAGCGAGGACUGCUGUGAGGAGAGCAGUCCAACCGUGGCCCUGUUGCAUGAAGAUCGGGCUGAAGUAUGGGACCUGGACAUGCUCCGCUCCAACUAUAGCACCUGGCCUGUGGACGUCAGCCAGAUCAAACAGGGCUUCAUCGUGGUGAAAGGCCACAGCACGUGCCUAAGUGAAGGGGCCCUCUCCCCUGAUGGGACUGUCCUGGCUACCGCAAGCCAUGAUGGCUUUGUCAAGUUCUGGCAGAUCUACAUUGAGGGGCAGGAUGAGCCGAGGUGUCUGCAUGAGUGGAAGCCUCAUGAUGGGCGGCCUCUCUCCUGCCUCCUGUUCUGUGACAACCACAAGAAACAGGACCCUGAGGUCCCUUUUUGGAGGUUCCUCAUUACAGGCGCUGACCAGAAUCGGGAGCUGAAAAUGUGGUGCACCGUGUCCUGGACCUGCCUGCAGACCAUUCGCUUCUCCCCAGAUAUAUUCAGCCCAGUGAGUGUGCCCCCCAGCCUCAAGGUUUGCCUGGACCUCUCAGCAGAGUACCUGAUCCUCAGCGACGUACAACGGAAGGUCCUCUACGUGAUGGAGCUGCUGCAGAACCAGGAGGAGGGCCGUGCUUGCUUCAGCUCCAUCUCAGAGUUCCUGCUCACUCACCCUGUGCUGAGCUUCGGUAUUCAGGUCGUAAGUCGCUGCCGGCUGCGUCACACUGAGGUGUUGCCUGCUGAGGAGGAGACCGACAGCCUCGGGACUGAUGGGGCCCACGGAGCCAGUGCCAUGGAGUCUGCAGCUGGGGUGCUCAUCAAGCUCUUCUGUGUGCACACCAAGGCAUUGCAAGAUGUGCAGAUCCGCUUCCAGCCACAACUCAACCCUGAUGUGGUGGCCCCACUCCCCACCCACACUGCCCAUGAGGAUUUUGCAUUUGGAGAGUCUCGGCCUGAACUGGGCUCUGAGACCCUGGGGUCAGCCUCUCACGGCUCCCAGCCUGACCUCCGCCGUAUUGUGGAGCUGCCUGCACCUGCUGACUUCCUUAGCUUGAGCAGUGAGACCAAGCCCAAGUUGAUGACUCCUGACGCCUUCAUGACACCUAGCACCUCACUCCAGCAGAUCGCUGCCUCCCCUAGUGGCAGCAGCAGCAGCAGUAGCAGUAGCAGCAGUAGCAGUAGCAGCAGCAGCUCUUCUCUUACUGCUGUCUCUGCCAUGAGCAAUACAUCGGCUGUGGACCCUACCUUGCCCAGGCCACCUGAGGAGUUGACCUUGAACCCUAAGCUGCAGCUGGAUGGCAGUCUGACAAUGAGCAGCAGCAGCAGCCUGCAGGCAAGCCCGCGCAGCCUUCUGCCUGGCCUGCUCUCGAGCCCUGCUGAAAAAUUGACUCCCAAGGGAUCUGGGCAGGUGUCUGCUGCUGCCUCUGCACUGUCCCUGGAGCUGCAGGAAGUGGAGUCUCUGGGGCUUCCGCAGGCUUCUCCCAGUCGCACCCGCUCCCCUGAUGUUAUUUCCUCAGCUUCCACUGCCCUCUCCCAGGACAUCCCUGAGAUCGCAUCUGAGGCCCUGUCCCGAGGCUUUGGCUCCUCUUCUUCUGAGGGUCUUGAGCCAGACAGUAUGGCCUCAGCUGCCUCAGCGCUACACCUGCUGUCCCCAAGACCCCGCCCAGGGCCUGAACUUGGUCCCCAGCUUGGGCUGGAUGGAGGCUCUGGGGAAGGGGAUCGGCACAGUACCCCUUCCCUCCUAGAGGUGGCCUUGACUCAGGAGGCCACAGCCCCUGACAGUCAGGUCUGGCCUACAGCACCAGACAUUACCCGUGAGACCUGCAGCAGUCUGGCAGAGAGCCCCAGAAAUGGCCUCCAGGAAAAACACAAGAGCCUGGCUUUCCACCGACCGCCUUAUCUGCUGCAGCAACAUGACAGCCAGGAUGCCAGUGCUGAGCAGAGUGACCACGAUGAUGAGGUGGCCAGCCUUGCCUCUGCUGCAGGGGGCUUUGGCAGCAAAGUGCCCACUCCCCGGCUACCUGCCAAGGACUGGAAGUCUAAGGGAUCCCCUCGCACCUCACCCAAGAUCAAGAGGAAGGGCAAGAAGGAUGAUGGGGAUUCAGCUGUGGGAUCCCGGCUCUUGGAGCACCAGGUGGCAGAGCCCCCUGAGGACUGGCCAGCAAUAAUCUGGCAACAGCAGAGAGAGCUGGCAGAGCUGCGGCACAGCCAAGAAGAGCUGCUGCAGCGUCUGUGCACCCAGCUUGAGGGCCUGCAGAGCACCGUCACAGGCCAUGUAGAACGUGCCCUAGAAUCACGGCAUGAGCAAGAGCGUAUCCUUGUGGGUAGUGGCACAGCAUGGCAUAGGGGUGGGAGCAGUGGCUGCUGCAGCUUUCUUGACUGGGGAAGGGAUAUGGGAUGUGCUCUAGGCCUGUUCCUUGACUGUAGUGCAGAGCGGCGGCUGGAGCGGGCACUGGCUGAGGGGCAGCAACGGGGUGGGCAGCUGCAGGAGCAGCUGACCCAGCAGCUGUCCCAGGCAUUAUCUUCAGCUGUGGCUGGACGCUUGGAGCGUAGCAUACGGGAUGAGAUCAAGAAGACGGUGCCUCCCUCUGUCUCUAGGAGUCUGGAGCCUGUGGCAGGCCAACUGAGCAGUUCAGUGGCCACCAAACUCUCAGCUGUGGAGGGCAGCAUGAAAGAAAAUAUCUCCAAGCUGCUCAAGUCCAAGAACUUGACAGAUGCCAUCGCCCGAGCAGCGGUGGACACAUUACAGGGGCCAAUGCAGGCCGCCUACCGUGAGGCCUUCCAGAGUGUGGUGCUGCCUGCCUUUGAGAAGAGCUGUCAGGCCAUGUUCCAGCAGAUCAAUGAUAGCUUCCGACUGGGCACACAGGAGUACUUGCAGCAGCUAGAGAACCACAUGAAGAGCCGUAAGGCACGGGAGCAGGAGGCGAGGGAGCCAGUGUUGGCCCAGCUGCGGGGCCUGGUCAGCACACUGCAGGGUGCCACGGAACAGAUGGCCGCCACUGUGUCCAGCAGUGUUCGGGCUGAGGUGCAACACCAGCUGCACGUGGCUGUGGGCAGCCUGCAGGAGUCAAUUUUAGCACAGGUACAGCGCAUUGUUAAGGGUGAGGUGAGUGUGGCACUCAAGGAGCAGCAGGCCGCCGUCACUUCUAGCAUCAUGCAGGCUAUGCGCUCAGCUGCUGGCACACCUGUCCCAGCUGCCCACCUCGACUGCCAGGCUCAGCAAGCCCAUAUCCUACAGUUGCUGCAACAGGGCCACCUCAACCAGGCCUUCCAGCAGGCCCUGACAGCUGCGGACCUGAACCUGGUGCUGUAUGUGUGUGAGACUGUGGACCCUGGCCAGGUUUUUGGGCAGCCACCUUGCCCACUCUCCCAGCCCGUGCUCCUUUCCCUCAUCCAGCAGCUAGCCUCUGACCUUGGCACUCGAACUGACCUCAAGCUCAGCUACUUGGAAGAAGCAGUGAUGCACCUGGACCACAGUGACCCCAUUACUCGGGACCACAUGGGCUCCGUCAUGGCCCAAGUACGCCAGAAACUCUUCCAGUUCAUGCAGGCCGAGCCACACAAUUCACUUGGCAAAGCAGCCCGGCGUCUCAGCCUCAUGCUGCAUGGCCUUGUGACCCCCAGCCUCCCGUAGCUAGCCUGCCUUGCCUAGGAGUGAGGUGGCACUGGAGGCCAGCAGACAGGCCUAGGCCGUGACGGGUCAAGCCUGCCCCUUACCUGCUCAGGCUCCUACAUCUGGAGUGCUGGGGCGGGGGGCAAGGUUGUGGUAGCCAGCUGGUUUAGGUUGGGCUCAGGGUGGGUAUUGUGCCUUCUUGGGUUCUGCCAUGCCUGGAUCAUGACCCUUACCCCCACACCUCCCGAGAUCGUGACGCCACUUGAGUUGAAUUUUCCAUGUUCCUUUUUACCUCUGAUUUGGAUCUUUUUGUUUUUGAGAAACAUUGAGAAAUUCAAUUAAAUGCUUUUGGAAUAAAA